GCAGCAGGUCCUGGUCGGGUCCACCUUCAUCUGGACUCGGAUGGAUGAAGACUCCUUCGAGCUCGAAGAUCACCUGCGGGUCAAACAGCACCGUUCAGAACCGAACCCUUUACACGGCAACACAAUUACAGUUCAACACGAAACACCACCGAACCGGAUCAGAACUUUAUUCGACUUGAGGCGAGACAGAAAGACCCGCAGCAGCACCGGGGAGGGAUCCGGCCUGAAGCCGUGACAGCGGCGGUGUUUCUGGGCUUUCUUCAACCGUUACCCGGGUCUGUCCCGCGGCUCAACGACAGCCGGAGAACCGGGCCGGGUCAGACACAACCAGCUGGCGGUGACCCGCCUCCCCGGGCUGCUCCCGUGGUGUCGCUGUGUGGGUAGUUAGCUCCACAGCUAGCCCCGCGGCCAGAGCACCGGAUGUUCCCGGGGACAUCGACACCGAGGUCCGGUUUCAAACACCGGGUCGAGUUCGGUCGGUUCUAACAUGUGUGCAUCGUCACGGCUUCAUGUUUUUACCUUCAGCACGGAGUCCGCUGCCAUGUUGCUGCUCUCCGUGUGACGAUGGCACGUCACGUGACAAGCAGCUACCAAAACACAACUGACAACUCAGCUUCCGGUUAGCACAAAGACAACAGGCUCACGCGAUGCCAAUGCGCAUGCGUACAUUCUGGCAGCCCCGCCCCAAAUACAUAGCCACUUCCGGUAGUCACAAUAAAAGUAAACAAAGAUGAAACAUCCAAUCUGAGAGUAAUUAAUAAUAUUUUUCCAUCAGAAAAUUAUGUCAUAGUCACGAAUCGUAACAAUUAAACACAAAGGACAGAAAAUCGCUAAAAAAUACCAAAAGUAGAGAUGAUUUUUUUUAAAUUACCAAACAUACAAAUCAUCUGGUUAUCAACCAGAAAUUAACAUCAAAAGUACAAAGUGCCAGGGGUAAUAUGAACACAUAGAGUUAUCAAGUAGACAGGUCAUAAAUCUUGAAUUUGUUGAGGAUCUUCUUUGUGGGAAGUAGAGAUGAAUCACGUCGGAACUCGGAAGUAGGCGUGACGUCACCUUCGAGUUCGCCUCUUUGGAAAAAGAUGGACGCUCGCAAGAAAGCCUGUGUUGUUGUUGCUCUGUCAGAGUUUAUAAAGUUACAGAACCGUUUUUUACUCCACCUGAAGAACGUGUCGGAGGAGGAUGAGAGGCGCAGAAGGUUACUGAUGAUCCUGCUGGAAAGAGAGCAGAUCUUCACGGAGCCUGGAGGUCGGUGGGAGGAGAUGCCGAACGCAGAUCCCUCCGCUUUCGUGCGUCAUUUCAGACUCACCAAGACGCAGUUUUUCUACCUUCUGAUGCAGCUGCAGGUUAACGGCUUAAAGGAAGGUCCGGCGCCGCCGGUUUCUGUGGCCAAGAAGGUCCUGAUGUUCCUGUGGUUCAUGGCCAACCAGGGCGACUUCAGCGACAUGUCCGACAAGUUCGCCGUGCCGCCGCCGUCGGCGUACGGGAUCAUCUCCGAGGUUCUGAAGGUCAUCAGCACGAUGGGACGGACCUUCGUCUCCUGGCCCAGCGACGGUCAGAGGGCGUCGUCUGCCGCCGCCUUCCUCCGCCUCUCUGGCCUCGGCGGGGUCAUCGGCGCCAUCGAUGGGUGUCACAUCCGGAUGCGGAGGCCGGCCGUGCGAGGAGGAGACUACAUCAACCACAGGUCCUUCUACUCCAUCCUCCUCCAGGCCGUCGUGGACGAGGGCGGCCGGUUCACCGACAUUUUCGCCGGACCGCCGGGACGCGUUCGAGACGAGAGGAUGCUGCGGGAGUCCACCUUCUACGCGGCGUGGCGGGAGAAGAUGGGUGACUACAGGCUGCUGGGGGACGCCGCCUACGCUGGAGAGGACUUCCCGUUCAUCCUCGCCACGAAAGCGGACGACGAGGCUCUGACGGAAGCGGACCGGCAGCAGAACGCUCAGAUCAGACGGGGCAGGGAGGUGGUGGAGCGAGCCUUCGGGAGGCUGAAGUGCAGGUGGAGGCGUCUCCGGGAUCUGCAGAGCGUCAGGCUGGACGUCGCGGUGAUGACCGUGUUGGCCGCCUGCUUUCUGCACAACCUGAGUGACGGGACAUCAGAGAGCUGCUGGGAGCACCCCGAGGGCUGCCCCCGGCUGGACGACCACAACGAAUAAACGCUCCGUGCAAACGCCACGCUUCAUUUCCUCAGGACUGGUUUCUGUUCGUUAGAGAGAUUUUUGAUUCUUGUGCUGCAAAAAUAAAGAACUGUAUUAUUCUUCAUUAUUCUUUGUUAUUAUUAAAAGUGUUUUCAACUA